AUGAAAGAAGAUUACGAGAUUGAUGAGAAAAAGCAAGCUGCUGCUGAUGUAUUGUUUAACUAUUCAAAAUUUGUGAUGGCGUGCAUUGGAAAUCAAGUUCGACCUUGUGACUUGAGGUUGCAUCUAAUGAAGGAGAUUUCAGGUAUACCAACUUCUCUGAAGAAAGAUUCAGCCCAGAGAGCAGCUUCUCCUGAUGCAAUGGGCGAAUCAUCAAGCUCGGGUACAGCUAGACUUGAUAAAACAGACAGUUUUCGGGAUCGGGCGCUGUAG